CCCUCGUCUCUCGUCCUCCAGUCCUAUGCCGUGCCUCUGACCGGCUUAGCGCCGAUUAGACCCUCCAUUGAUCGAUCGGAUUCGAGAAGCAGAAUAGGAAGAGAAAAAGGAAGCCGCUGCGUCGGCGCGCGGCGGCGGCGGCUGAGUAGGAGACGGAGAAAUGGGACAAUGCCACGGGACGUGCUUCUCCGUCAAGGACGGUUACCGAAGGCACCGGCGCCGGAGGAAAAUGACGAUUCCUGACAACUCGGAAGCAUCUGGCGCUACGCCUCCCCAUGUGGUCCAGAUGUCAUCCACCUGGCCCAGCCCUUACCCCACGGGAGACGUCAGCCCUCUCCCAAACGGCGGCGCAUCCCCAACUCCGGCGAGGUCCACCUCGAAGAGGUUCUUCCAACGGCCCUUCCCGCCGCCGUCCCCAGCCAAACACAUCAAGGCGGCACUUGCCCAACGGCAGGGAGCCGCGAAGAAAAAGGAUGCGGUCGGGACCGGAGGCAGCGUUGGGGAUCCGGAGCGACAGCUUGAUAAGAGCUUCGGAUAUGGGAAGAACUUUGGGUCGACGUAUCAUCUCGGGCAGGAGGUGGGACGCGGCCAUUUCGGGAAUACGUGCUUCGCCACGGCAAAAAAGGGGGAGAUGAAAGGGCAAACUGUUGCUGUCAAGAUCAUUCCCAAAGCUAAGAUGACAACGCCAAUAUCGAUCGAAGAUGUUCGUAGGGAGGUUAAAAUUCUGAAAGCUUUGUCUGGCCACAAAAAUCUUGUUAAAUUUUAUGAAGCAUGUGAGGAUGCCCUCAACGUCUACAUCAUAAUGGAAGUAUGUGAAGGCGGAGAAUUAUUAGAUAGAAUCUUGUCCAGAGGAAAGUACGCUGAGGAAGAUGCAAAAGCAAUUGUUGCGCAAAUGCUGGACGUGGUAGCCUUUUGUCACUUUCAAGGUGUUGUGCAUCGUGAUCUAAAGCCAGAGAAUUUUCUCUUCACAACUAAAGAUGAAAGUUCUCCAAUGAAAUUAAUUGACUUUGGUCUUUCUGAUUUUAUCAGAGCAGAUGAAAGGCUAAAUGACACUGUUGGAAGUUCAUACUAUGUUGCUCCUGAAGUCCUACAUAGAUCAUACAACACUGAAGCAGAUAUGUGGAGCAUCGGUGUCAUAACUUACAUUCUACUAUGUGGAAGUAGACCUUUCUGGGCACGAACUGAAUCCGGAAUCUUUCGAUCAAUAUUGAGGGCUGAUCCUAAUUUUGAUGAUCAACCGUGGCCUGACAUAUCUGCAGAAGCUAAAGAUUUUGUGAAGAGGCUUUUGAACAAGGAUUAUAGGAAAAGGAUGACAGCUGUUCAGGCUUUGACUCACCCUUGGUUGCGAAAUGAACAAAGGCAAAUUCCUCUGGAUAUGCUUGUAUAUAGGUUAUUCAAAUUAUACUUCCGCACUUCUCUUCUAAAACAGGCUGCACUAAAGGCACUAUCCAAAGCUAUAACUAAGGAUGAACUCUUCUAUCUGCAAUUGCAAUUUAAGUUACUACAGCCAAAUAAAGAUGGAUUGAUUUAUCUCGAUAACUUUCAGAUGGCACUCUCGCAGAAUGCAACCGAAGCAAUGAAAUUAUCGAGAAUUCCUGAGAUAGUGGAUUCAUUGGAUGCGCUAUCACAAAAUGGGAUGGACUUUGAUGAGUUUUGUGCUGCUGCAAUCAGCCCUUAUCAGCUUGAGGCUUUGGAACAAUGGGAACAAAUAUCAAACACAGCAUUUCAGCACUUCGAGCAGGAGGGUAAUCGGGUUGUUUCAGUCGAAGAGCUGGCUCAGGAAUUGAACCUCACUCAUAUUGCUCAUUCCUUUCUACAAGACUGGAUCAGAUCAGAAGAUGGCAAGUUCAGUUUUUACGGGUACACCAAAUACUUGCACGGCAUCACAGUUCGCGGCUCGAACACAAUACAACAAUAAACUCUUCAAAUAAUAUACUGAUGUAAUUAUGUGUGUACUGUAUGAAUACCGAAUAGGUCCCUGUCCUGCCUUUUCUUCACCAGUUUGGGGUCAAGCAAAGCAUCCUUAUAGAAUUGGAUGAUAGACAUUAUAGUCUCUUUUGUAAGAUCAAAAAAAGAAACUUUUCCAUUACUUUCUCAAAAACAUCAUGUUAAGCAAUUUGAGCAAUUUGGUCACAAUUUUUCAAGUUU